AAAAGUAAAGAAGAGAAAGAAGACACAUCAAUACCCUAUCUCCUUGUCUUUGCUUUGCUUUCCAUCUAAGACCCUUUGGUUCUUGCUUUUUCCACCCUUCUGGCUUCCCCAAGAAAUGUUCAUGAUAAGAACUCCAUCUCCAACCUCUUACUUACUCUGCUUGUCCUAUCCCAAGUCACUUAUUCUACAAAGCCCAUCAAAACUUUAGCUGUUAUUUGGCUUUAAUCGUCAUCUCAAGGAAGUCCCCAAGCUCUCAGAUCCAAGUACAGCUUACAGGUACAAUUAUUUCUGUCAUCUAAAAUUCUGACUCUGAGUUUGCUGUUGUUUCACAACUGUGUAAGCUUUUAGUAUAAAUUUGUUUAUUCAAGCCUGUGAAUUUGGUCUAAUGAUCUCCUCCAAGUCCAACUUUAUUAUGAUUUAGUUCUGAGUGAUAAAUUGCUUGCCUUCUUGGUGAAGAAAAGAGAAUCAUGUGCUAGUGGGAUUAGUCCCACACAGACCAUACAGAUUAGCCAUGGGAUCUGUAGGCAGUCCACAGACUUGGGUACCAUAUCAAAAUGAUAAGGACUGUUCUUUAGGUUUCUGUUCUUUCUAUUGCCCACAGUGGUGCUUUAUUGUCUAUCCUCCUCCACCUCCCUUUGGAUUCUCAGAUGAAGAAAGUUCGAGCCCAAGUUUCUCCCCUUUAGUGAUUGCCAUCAUUGGCAUUUUGGCAAGUGCUCUCCUACUUGUAAGCUAUUAUACUCUCAUAUCCAAGUAUUGUGGGAAUCUGGAUUCACUUCGAAGAAGAGGAAAUGAUCAUGACCCAAAUGAAGAAUUCGACGACACUCGCAAUUUGAAUCACGAACAGUGGCAGGUCUCCACGGGGGGAUUGGAUGAGGCCCUGAUCAAGUCCAUCACAGUAUGCAAGUACAAGAGGGGAGAUGGGUUGAUUGAUGGAGCAGAUUGCUCUGUUUGUCUGAGUGAAUUUCAAGAAGAUGAGAGCCUUAGGCUAUUACCCAAGUGCAGUCAUGCUUUCCACGUUACUUGCAUUGAUACAUGGCUGAAAUCUCACUCGAAUUGUCCUUUGUGCCGUGCAAAUAUUGUAUCUCCUAAUCCGUUGCCGCUUCAAUCACUGCCUCCAGUGCCAGAAACUCGCCCAGAGAAUGUGUCUUCAAUAGAAAGACGACAGGAAAAUACCACAGUCACAGUGGUUGCUGUAGAAGAUACAGAGUGGGAUAGUGGAGAAGAGACUACCCAGGAUGGCCAAGCUGCUCCAAAGACACCCUUACGGGCCAUGAGUGAUCUGGGGGAUGCCCAGCAGAGGGACACAAUAAUUGAGAUCAGGGAUGAAGGCUUUCAGAAGAUCAGACGAUCUGUUUCAAUGGAUUCGUCUUGUCAAGGCCGUUUGUCAAUUGCAGAUAUGUUGUGCAUGAGCCAAGAUGAAGACUCUCAGGAAGAGGAUAAUCAGCUUCCAGCGGAGGUCGGAUCAUCAAAGCAAAGUUGGGGAGAACAUAGCAAGUCUAACAGCAAAAACAGAGUCUUGCUCUGUAUUACGAGUCCCAUUGCUAUGAAGAGAUCAUUUUCUAGUGGGAGAUUCAUGUUAACUAGACAUGGAAGGGGAAAAGAUUCAAUUAUUUCCAUGUGAAAAAAAAUUAUUUUAAUAUAUGAAAGAUGACAGCACAGAUUCACGGUGAAAUAAUUGAGUUCUUUUAUUCAGUAUAAUCGUAAGCAAGAAGCAAAGGAAAAUGACUUGGGACAUCCAGAUGAGUUUGUGUUCUUACGUUGAUACUCAAGGGCGUUGGAGUUACUCUUCUGUAAAGAAUGAUAGAACCCCUUGUAGCUUUGGAUUUUGAAAUAUGUUCUUGGGUUCUACAUUCUAAAUUCAGUCUCUCCUUAUUUGAGCUUGUGACGAUGUGGAUUUGGAUGCAAUUGCUUCCAUGUUACAGUAAUACAGUGUUCUAUCUUUCUCUGUUUUUCCCUCUAUUCUAUUUCUUCCUUUUUUUUUUCA